AUGUCGGACGACGGCGAGCUGAAGCCAAUGGAAACCGAGCCUGAAGAAAGGCCACCAGCCUCACCACCGGCCGCCUCGGCCGCAGCGGCGAAAGAACUUCCAGCCUCAGCUGAGAAGGAGCCUCCGGCUUCUGCAGAGAAGGAACCCCCAGCCUCUGCAGAGAAAGAGCUCGACGAGUAUUUGGAAGGAGCCUCGUGUUGGAAAAGCUUCGAGGACGUGGAGGACGAGGUGCACUACUUGCGCCACCGCGGAGAUGCGUUGGUCAGCCAAGAAGUGGCAUCAAUACCUGUUGCAGAGUUAACAGAUGUGCGCAGCCUCAAGCGGUAUCUGCAAGGGAUUUGUGGAGUGACGAGAUUCAGGCAGAGGCUCGUGGAUAAGCACGAGACUUGGGAUGACAUGCUGAAACUGGACUCACCGGCUGACCUGCAACUCGCAGUGCUGCCGUUUAGCAAUGCGACAGACGAUGCAUCUAUACAGCAGUGCAUGAAGCUGGCAGAUGCUGCUCACCGCGGCAUCCUUCAUCUCGUUGAGGAGCUUCUGCAGCUGCCGCUGCAUCCAGACGGCAUCCAGCAUCUUGAGAGUCGCAGCAAGAGACGUCGCAUAGAGGCCAGGGACCCAUUAUUUCGAGACCCGCCUCUCUUCUGGGCGUGCAAAAGGGGAAACACGGAAGUCGUUCGCUUGCUGUUGGAAGCUGGGGCUCCUAUCCCUGACGCCGCGCUGGCCGCGGCCUCCAGCAAUGGCCACGCUGACGUCGUCUGCUUGCUUCUGCAGGCGGGUGCUUCUGUGAAUGAUGCUGGGCACCACGCGCCACUUGCAAUGGCAUCAGCAAAUGGCCACAUCGAGAUUGUGCGAGUGCUUCUACAGGGUGGAGCAGACCCUGCACAGGAUGGCAGCGCAUUGACGAGUGCGUCCCUCCACGGCCACACAGAGAUUUUCAAACUGCUUUUGGAGUCCCGCGCAACUGUGGACAAUCCUGGAAGCUGUGGAGAGACACCUCUGACAUCAGCUUGUGGCGCAGGAUGCAACCAAACCGUUCAGAUGUUGUUGGAGGCAGGUGCUGACAGCAGCAAAGCUGCGCGCCUCCACACACCUCUUGGUGCAGCCAUUGUCAACGGCCGUGCCAUCUUUCAAGCAGCUUCCCAGACUCAGGCACCUGUGCCUGUGCCAACCAUGUUGAUCCUUGGCGAAAAUGAGAGGUUUGAUUUCAACGUGUUACCUUUCACGGAGUUCAUAGUGUUAGCCAUGAAGCCCUUCAAAACCCAGAUACAAGCUUUGAAUCGCUAUGCGGAACUGUGUACGCCCGUAUACUUGUCGAGAACAUGGUAG